AUGUUUUUCCGACUUCCAAGACUGACUCCGGGCUACAUCAGGCUGCUGCAGACCCAGGCCUACCACGUGUCUGUGCCGCCCCCAGCUGAGAAGACCAGUGCCGGCAUGGCGAUGCUGCUGGGGGCUCUAGGGAUCGGGAUGUGUGGCUACAGCUCCAGGCAGCUGGCCCUCCACCACCGGCCCUCCGCCCGCGUGCUGCAGUGGGUUGGCUCGCACACUGAUGCCAGCACGGUGGGCACUGUGGCACACAGAACCCCCUUCCUGGAUGUUAAUCGCCGGGCCGGUGCCUACCAGGAGAUCCCAUCCCCCUCCUUUGUGGGCCAGAAAGUUCCAGUGAAAUAAUAACCUUUCAAGUUGGAUCUAGCUUGACCAACAUGAUAGGUUGAGCUCCAGUAACUACACUUUUGCACGAGUAAGAUUGUAGCUAUGCAGGCCCCAAGUGUGGCCCAUGUGCUCUCUGAAAGUGCAGUUGUAGAUAUUUGACUGACCUCAACCUUUAUGUUCGCAGGAAGUCAGAUGUCUUAUAGUGAAAAUGAGUUCUGUAACUAGUGCAACACAUAUAAAAAUAGUUCAAAACCUCUUGGAUUGUGUCAAUUACUCACUUAUUUUAGAAUGUUAAAUGCAGAAAGGGGGCACAAAGCAGUGUGAAUGAUUGGAUGAGUAUGUAAUGAUGCUGGAACAUCCCAAAUACUGUUGCUGAAUGUAGCUUAAAGGAGCUAACAUACUUAAUUUGGAGACAUUGUGUGUCGUUUUGAGCCUGGUGUAAAAAGGGACCGACGCUUGGCAGUGCCCCUCUGUACACAGAUGGUUGGCAACUCACUCUCUCUCUCUGCACCCCCUCCUUCCCCUUCUACCCUCCCCAGGCAGACAGCCAUGUGUAAGUGCUUGAGCACCCCAUCCCUGCCCAUGACUUCAAUUGAUUUCCUCUGAGGAGGAGCAGGUGCCAUCCAUCACCAAGCUUUGGCACUUGCUGGCGCGAUCUGACCAUCGGCUGUCAAUCAAGAGGCGGUGGAGGAAGACACAGGUUGGCUUUGUGGUUGAAUCAGUGACUGGUGCUUCCUGUUUUUCGGGAAAGUUAAAUUCCCCAAAGGGAUUGGUCAGCGUGGCAGGGGAAUAGCAGAGUGGCAGGGUGGUUUAGUGUGGAUUGGAAGCACUUCUUUUUAUAGAAGAAAGUUAAGUAUGUUUGAUUUUAAGAUCUAAGGCAUGUAAACAGUGCGUGCACAAAUACACCACGCUGGAUUAUGAAACCUCAUUUACCUGGCUGAGACACUGCGGGUGGCAGCCAAGCGAAGUAGAAUGGUGAUUCCUCCUGGAUAAGCCUGUGUCCUCUGCAGGGAUUAACCCAGGUGGAAAAUCAUUCCUGGCACACAUACUCCUACACCUAAUCUGGUAUUAGAGGCAAGGACCCGUGAGAGGCUGACAGUCCCUGUGCGUCUCAACUUUGCACCAUCCCCCCUGCAGUGCCCACCAUUCGCCCCACUGCCAUACAUAGAUGUAUUCCUUAUGGAAAUGGUGUUUACUUUGCGUUUACACCAAAAAAUGUAGCAGUGAAAAGGGGGCUUGACAUUUGGCGAGACACUGAGUGUGGUUGAGAAUGUGUGCUGUGCCUUAUAUGGAUAGC